ACCCCAUGGCACUUCACACUUCAGCUGUGGUUUGCCCAAAUUCACAUACCUUGUCUGGCUCUGGAGCUGCCCAUGAACUGCAGCCCACACACUGGCAGAAGUAUUUUGUUUGACCCAGUCAAUGUUUUUAAAAACGUGAGGUAACCUUUGAAAACCAGUAGACUUCACACAUAAAUCUGAAUUUCUGACUUCUUUGGAAAUUGAGAAGGUGUGGCCACGUUGUGUUCCCAUACCCAAAUGACAUGUUGUGGUUGCCUGUUAGAUAAUAGGCAUGUUCUCCACAGUCCCCACACUCUCUAGUUUCCCUGACAGCCAGCAUCCAUGACCUUUUAUCACAGUUUGGCAACACUCUUUUCCUUAUAAUUAGGAAAUCAGCUCUGUUGGUCCCUACCAAAAGUUGGAACAUGUAAGGCAAAUGGGUCACAUGAGUCAAGAAAAUAGGAUACUUAUGUGUCCCACAAGUAGUAAUUGGUAACUGCCUUCAUGCCAGGCUUGACAGUGGCUGCUGGAGCCACGGCAGGGACCAGAACGGAUGAAGUGCUUUUUCUCCAGGGCCACUGUUGCUCUCUUCGCAUCCGUGGAGCUGUGGGACUGACUGGCUCCACCCAUCUGACCUCCCCAGCUGGCCUGGAUGGUUCAGUUUCUCCCCUGGUGUGAAAGCCUGCAUUUAUGUCCAGGGUCAUCUGUGACAACUUUGUAGACUCUACUGGGUACCCACUGCCCAUCAGGGGCUGGCACAACAGAAAUGCUCAAGAAAUGUCUGUGGAAUGGGUUAGCUAAUUCCACCUCUCUCCUAGGCUGUGCUUGUCAGUGCCGAUUCUACAGGAUUUACUGUCAAAGGUCAGUGCAUAGUAGGUGCUCAGUCAAUGUCAGUUGGAGGAAUGGGUUCAGGAUCAGAGGGGAGUGUGACAAGGAAAGUGUAGGCUUCCUGAAGACAGAGCCCUGGGAGAGGAAGAAAAAGGGACAGACAUUAACAGCCCCUCGCAAGAGCUUAUGUCUUCCUCCCAGUAACCCUGGAGGGACACCUGAGGAAAGCUCCUUGGCCAAACUCAGACUCUGGGAGUCAGGGAGGAGGAGGCUUGGCUGUCUGCAAGGUCCACUCUCUUCUCACCUGGGCAGAGGACUCCACAGGAUCAGCUGAUUCUCCUCUUCUGGUUCCUGUGUGUACUCAUUUAUCAGACUCCUUUCCCUACAAACUCUUUCAGCAAAAGCUUAAUACUAUGUGAGAAAGGUGUAGGUGCUGUAGGGCUCCUAUCCUGCACUUAGUAGUUCAGCUAGUAAAAGAAACCCAGCCCACAGAGGCCACCAAGCACUCCUGGGCAGAGUGGUGGAUGUGGGGCAUCCCUCCAACUGAGCCUGAUGACCACUAGUGUGGCAGAUGGAGCACGGGUGGGGGAGGAAGUCCCAGGUGGAACUUCUGCCCAGUGUGGGUGAUGGCUGCAGAAAGCAAAGGCUGGGCCUGAGCCUGUCUGGGUUCUUCCACCUCAGCUCAGCUCUCCCCCAGUCUCACAGCGCCUGAAAUCCUGUCACUGACACAGGGAGGAGAGUUGGGCGAUUCUGUAAGCCCAAUGGCCAAGGCUCUGAGGUUUUGUACCUUGUCAGCGCCGUCUAAAUGCUUCUUCCUCCCGAAGCCUUCCCGGGGCAGAAGGCGAGCUCUCGGCUCUAGCUGGGCUCCUGGGGACCCAGCUGGCUCUGGGCUUUGUAUUUGCGUGUGCGUCCCGCCUCCCCGCCCACCCGCCUGCGUGCUCCUGCGGUCCCGCGUGCCUUUCUGCACGAGGCCAGCACCCAGCAAAUACCUCUGGAUUGAACCACGAAUUGCUCAGCCCGGCCUUUGGGAUCUUGGGUCGCUUGGGCGCAGGCCCGGUUCAACAAGUGAGGGCCAGGCCGCGGGUUCCCGCCCGGCGGCUUCGCGCCUCCCCAGGCGCCUCGGGCGCGUCAGGCCGGGCCCAGUUGGGCGAGUUUCAUUUCAUCACCCGCUGGGCGUGCAAGCGCCGGUGCAAAUAACGUUGCCCUCCCCACCCUCCUCUUCCCUGCUCCCUCCGAAACUCCCGUUUGCAAACGCUAGCACGCCCGGCUGGGAGGUCCCAGGCGGGGGCCGGGCGGGCUGGGCGGUCGGUGCUGCUGGGCACUGGGUGCCGGCGCCCGCCCCCGCCCGUCCGCCCCGCCCGGGCCGCGAGGCCAGCUCACCGGCAGCGGAAUGGAAACCGGUUCGACAGGUAACAAAUAGGUGGGUUGUCACCGUUAUUUCCCAACGCAUGCGCCAUCGCUCCCCGGGCCACUCCAAGCUAAUUAGAUCGGAUCACCCCCCCUCGUCCCGCCCCAGCCACCAACACACACCGCCGCGAGCCAAUAAAGCGUGAACCUGUCUGUCCGGCUCGCACUUUAAGACUUCCCGAUCGGCCGAGGGGACGCCAGUCGAGUCGGGAGACGCCUACCUGCCGCUUCCCCGCCGCCGGUGCACCUGGCUGCAAGGGCUCUCCUUCCGAGCGAGGACCGCAACACUCCGCGAAGUUGGAACGGGCGCGCGCCGUCCGGGCACUGUCUUUCCGCGGAACGUGGGGUCGCCUCGACGAUUCCUCCCCUGAACUGCCCCUUCCUGCGCCUCCAACCCAGCCCGGGAAAGGUGGCACGGCCCCCGCUCUAGUUACGGAAACGGACCGCGCCGGACCAGGAGCGUUCGAAAAUGCCCCGCGCGUUCCUGGUGAAGAAGCCGUGCGUCUCCACGUGCAAGAGGAACUGGAGCGAGCUGCCCGAUGAGGAGCGCGGCGAGAUCUACGUGCCAGUCAGCCUGGGCUUCUGCCCACCACAGCCCUACCGGGAGCCAGAGCCAUCAGUGGCCGAACCCCCUUCCUGCCCCCUGGCUUUGGACAUGAGCCUUCGGGACUCCAGCUAUAGUGCUGCCCCAGGACCCUGCGUGGUGGCCCAGCUGCCCUCUGAGGAUGUGGGCCGCCUGACCGACCCCCAGAGCAGAGACCAGGGUUUCCUGCGAACCAAGAUGAAGGUGACCCUGGGGGAUAGUCCUAGUGGAGACCUCUUCACCUGCCACAUCUGCCAGAAGGCCUUCACCUACCAGCGCAUGCUGAAUCGCCACAUGAAAUGUCACAAUGACGUUAAGAGGCACCUGUGCACGUACUGUGGGAAGGGCUUCAACGAUACCUUUGACCUCAAGAGGCACGUCCGAACCCACACUGGUGUGAGACCCUACAAGUGCAGCCUGUGCGACAAGGCCUUCACGCAGCGCUGCUCUCUGGAGUCUCACCUCAAGAAGAUCCACGGCGUGCAGCAGAAGUAUGCGUACAAGGAGCGCAGGGCCAAGCUCUACGUGUGCGAGGAGUGUGGCUGCACGUCCGAGAGCCAGGAGGGCCACAUCCUGCACCUCAAGGAGCACCACCCUGACAGCCCGCUGCUGCGCAAGACCUCCAAGAAGGUGGCUGUGGCCCUGCAGAACACUGUCACUUCCCUGCUGCAGGGCAGUCCCCACCUCUGAGCAGCUCCAGCCCCAGGGGUGCUACCAGAGGACCCCAGAGGGUUCAGGGUCGCCUCCCUGCUGCCCGGCCAGUCCGCUCUCCUGUGGCCUCUCCUCAGGAGGACGCUGACAUCAGGACUGGAGCCCGGGCCUUCCCCGCCGGCACAUGUGCUCACUCGGCUGAUGCUGACCUCUGCUCAUUUCUCUGUUUGUCUUAUGGGCAGAGGCUGCUCUGGGCCUGGAGGACAUGCGGAUGUCUGGGCAGGGGUGAGGCCAAGUGAUUAGCAGCUGCCAUCUACAGAGACAGGCACUGCUUCCCUGGCAGCAGGACUUCCUUCCCAGGGGCGUGCGGUGAGAGGGAUCCUGUUGCCCUGGGCCCUGAGCACAGGUCAGGGGCUGCAGGUCCCCUUGGACAGCAGAGUCAAGAGCCCUGGCAAGGAACAGCCUGUGAAGACCCACGUGGGGCCUGGCGGAGGCUUGCACAACUGCAGGCCACGUGUGCGUGCACAGCCGUGUGCGCAUGUGUGCAUGCAGACUGCUCCGUGUGUGCACAGAGGUGCGUGCAGGAGGCCUUUUCAUGUAUCACCUCAUUUUUUUAAAAUCACGGUGCCAAGGAGGUUUUAUUUCCUCUUUUAAAAUAUGACAAAUGUACAGAUAUUAAUAUAUGUUUGGUGCCUGUGGCGACGGUUUUUCACAGAGGGGGGAGCUGGCUUUUCUCCUCCCUGCGUGGUUCUAUUUAUCCUGGACAUUUCAAACUUCUCUGUGCCUUAACUCUGGGGCGCCUACCCCAAGCGCCCCGUCCUCUGAGUUAUCCACCCGAAGACCCUCCUCCGGGCCCUCCCCGGUUGCUGCUCCUCCUGUCCUUCCCCGUCUGCUGGACAGCGCUCACUUCUGCUCCUCCCUCCAGACUCUGCCUCCCUCCUCCUCUCCUGGCAAUCCCAGGUUCCUUGCACUGUUGGUGGUUCCAGGCUGAGGGCAGAGGUCAGCCAGUUGGGACAGUGAGUCUGUGAUGGGCAGUCUGCCACCAGCAGCACCAUGGCAAGCACAGGCAGGGCUGGAAAGCCAGCCCUUUUCCUGGGUGAGUCAAAAACCCUAGCACAGCAGCUGACGGUUCGGGCAAAAAAAUCAACACGCCCGAGAGUUCCAGAGGGAAGAGAGUAUGAGAUGGCUAAUAAAUUCUCUCUGUCGCCUUUUUCCUGACUGUUUUCUAAAUGGCAAGACUGGGUUUUGAGUGCCUCAGCUAGUUGGUCAGACCCCCUUGGCGUGGCCGGGUAUCCUGCUAAUAACAGCAAAGUGCUGUGGGUCAAAAGGGUGUUUUUCUUGUGGGUCAGAGGAGAUGGGCACAGGCCACAGCCAGCCUGCUGGAGAGCAAGGGAGGCAGACUCACCAGAAGGCUAUGGAAUGCAGCCUGGGCAGCCUAGCACAGCAGACCCCAUCAGAACCAGUCAUGGCCUCCCUGCUGGGAAGGUGCAGUGCCCGUAUGGACUCUCAGGCUGAGCUGAGAGGAAAGAGCCUUCUUGAACCGAGCUGGACAUAAAGCUGGACACAGACUCUGCAGACCUGUUUUCAUUCUACUGUCCUGUGUGGGAGCUAUUGUAUUCAGAAAGUUCUAGAGUAUAAAAUGACAUUAUCUGGGAGUGGUUUGUGUUUACAUUUUUGCCUCCCUGGGUUCAUUACCAAGCUGAGGCCAUCAUGAGUUUCUGUGUUUUCUGUCUUAUUUUAUGACCUUCCCUUCAACUAGUAAAAUCAGAG